UUGCGGCGACUACCGCGAAAGUUUAGCACGUUUGUUUCUAGAUACAGGUUAGAAAGCAAAUUUUAACCAAGAAAAACAUAAACCUGCCAUCAUGGAUACGGCCUCAUACGACGAGUUUGGCAACUACAUCGGCCCGGACUUGGAAAGCGACAGUGACGACGAUCAGAGUAUCUACGGGCAACCGGACCAGCAGGAAGAUGAAGACGAGGAGCCGAUGGAGGACGAACCAGAGCCGGAGGAAGAAGAGAAACGGUCGUCCAAAGCGGUAGUGCUGCACGAGGACAAACGCUACUAUCCGACCUCGCUGGAGGUGUACGGCGAGGAGGUGGAAACGAUCGUCCAAGAGGAGGAUGCUCAGCCGCUGGACAAACCGUUGAUCGAGCCGGUCAAGAAGAUGAAGUUUCAGCUCAAAACGCAAGAACUGCCGCAAACGACGUACAAGAUGGAGUUUCUUUCCGACCUCAUGGACACGCCGACGUUGAUACGCAAUGUCGCCCUGAUAGGGCACCUGCACCACGGCAAAACGACCUUUGUUGAUUGUCUCGUGCGGCAAACGCACCCCCAGUUGCGAAGCAUGGAGGAGCGAAACCUUCGCUACACCGAUACGCUCUUCACCGAGCAGGAACGGGGCGUCAGCAUAAAGGCCACCCCGAUGACGCUCGUGCUACAGGACGUUAAAGGAAAAAGCUUCCUAAUCAACACGUUCGACACACCGGGGCAUGUCAACUUCUCCGACGAAGUUACCGCCUCGAUGCGGUUGUGCGAUGGCGUCGUGCUGUUCGUCGACGUUGCCGAGGGUGUCACGCUGAACACGGAGCGGUUGCUAAAGCAUGCAAUCCAGGAGAAACUCUCCUUCACCGUGUGCAUCAACAAGAUUGAUCGACUGAUCCUUGAGCUGAAGCUUCCUCCCCAGGACGCGUACUUCAAGCUGCAACACAUUGUGGAGGAGAUCAACGGACUGCUCACGCUGCACGGUGACUCCACGGUCAAACCGGUCUCGCCCGUGCUGGGUAAUGUGUGUUUUGCGAGCUCACUUUAUGGAAUUUGCUUCACGCUGAAAUCAUUUGCUCGCCUCUAUGCCAAUACGUACCCGGAGGUAAACGUGGAAGAGUUUGCAAAGCGGUUAUGGGGCGACAUGUACUUUCACAGUAAAACCCGCAAAUUUACACGCAAACCGGCACACACUUCAGCCCAGCGAAGCUUUGUGGAGUUCAUUCUGGAACCGCUGUACAAACUGUUCGCUCAGGUCGUCGGCGACGUGGACACUACGCUGGCCGACACACUCGCCGAGCUGCAGAUCCCUGUGACGUCGGAGGAAAUGAAGUGCAACAUUCGGCCGUUGCUGCGCACCAUUUGCAAUCGGUUCGUGGGCGACUUCUGUGGCUUCGUACAGAUGUGCGUCGAUCACAUCCGGUCGCCGCUGGAAAACGCUCAGACCAAGAUUGACCAUAUCUACACGGGAGUGCGGGAAAGUGGCAUCUACCAGGACAUGCUGAAUUGCGACGCGAACGCGCAGCUUAUGGUGCACAGUUCGAAGAUGUACCCAACGGAGGAUUGCACGUUCUUCCAGGUGCAGGCGCGCGUUAUGAGCGGUACGCUGCACGCGGGCCAGGAGGUGCGGGUGCUUGGUGAGAACUACUCGCUGCUUGACGAGGAGGACAGCCGGGUGCUGCAGGUCGGGCGAUUGUGGAUCUACGAGGCGCGUUACAAGAUUGAGCUGAAUCGCGUCCCGGCCGGUAACUGGGUGCUGAUCGAGGGCAUCGAUCAGUGCAUCGUGAAGACCGCCACCAUUACCGAUGUGCAGAUGAGCGAGGACGUGUUCAUCUUCCGGCCGCUCAAGUUCAACACGCAGAGUGUCAUAAAGAUCGCCGUCGAACCGGUGAAUCCUUCCGAGCUGCCCAAAAUGCUGGACGGGCUGCGCAAGGUGAACAAGUCGUACCCGCUGCUAUCGACGCGCGUCGAAGAGUCGGGUGAGCACGUGAUUCUGGGCACAGGCGAGCUGUACCUCGAUUGCGUGAUGCACGAUCUGCGCAAAAUGUACUCGGAGAUCGAUAUCAAGGUGGCCGAUCCGGUGGUGGCAUUCUGCGAGAGUGUGGUCGAAACGAGCUCUCUGAAGUGCUUUGCCGAGACACCGAACAAGAAGAACAAGAUUACGAUGAUCGCUGAGCCGCUGGAGAAGGGGUUGGCGGAGGACAUCGAAAACGAGACGGUUUCAAUCGGCUGGAACAAGAAGAAGCUGGGCGAAUUUUUCCAGGUCAACUACCAGUGGGAUUUGCUGGCGGCUCGCUCGAUCUGGGCCUUCGGACCGGACAAUACGGGCCCGAACAUUCUGGUCGACGACACGCUGCCGUUCGAGGUGGACAAGACAUUGCUCGGCGCGGUAAAGGACUCGAUCGUGCAGGGUUUCCAGUGGGGCACGCGUGAAGGUCCGCUCUGCGAGGAACCGAUUCGAAACGUAAAGUUCAAAAUUUUGGAUGCCGUGAUUGCACAGGAGUCACUGCAUCGCGGUGGUGGUCAAAUCAUUCCGACGGCACGUCGUGUCGCCUACUCCGCGUUCCUCAUGGCAACACCGCGCUUGAUGGAACCGUAUCUGUUCGUCGAGGUACAAGCGCCAGCCGAUUGCGUGUCUUCGGUGUACACAGUGCUGGCGCGUCGUCGAGGUCAUGUCACGCAGGACGCACCCGUGCCCGGUUCGCCGCUCUACCUCAUCAAAGCGUUCAUUCCGGCGAUCGAUUCGUUCGGCUUCGAGACGGACCUGCGGACGCACACACAGGGCCAGGCGUUCUGUCUGUCCGUGUUUCACCACUGGCAGAUCGUACCGGGUGAUCCGCUUGACAAAAGCAUCGUCAUACGGCCACUCGAGCCGCAACCGGCAACGCACCUUGCACGUGAAUUCAUGAUCAAAACCCGCCGCCGAAAGGGCCUCUCGGAGGACGUAUCGAUCAACAAGUUCUUUGACGACCCCAUGUUGCUCGAACUGGCACGACAGGAUGUGCUGCUGAACUAUCCGAUCUAAGCAAAAGUUACUGAAAAGUUUUUAUGUUCGUGUAAGAAUACAACAAUACAUCUUUUCAUAGUGUAAACAUGAAAUAAAUUUUAUUCAAUAAAUGUCCAUCUCUGCUCAUUAGAAA